AAUCUCCCUUCCAAUUAUAAACAUUCCACACGUGUGAUUUAGUCGAGAGUCUAGAAUGACGAAGAAUAGCUCUCACGAUCAAUCAAUUAGUUUGUUAGUAUCGAAGGGGAUUAAAGUACCGAUGACAGUGGGUAAUCGCGUUAAUAUAUGGUGGUUACUGAUACCGUGAGGCUUUCAAGGGUACGAGCCUUUUUAAAAGAAAUCAGAAGUGCAGUUCAGUUAGUGGUUUCAACGUGCGAAGAAGAAUCCCAGGACCAGAAGACAUUUUUUUUUGUUACGCCGUUUUACAAAAUCAUUUGAAAUUGUGAGAAGUGAACAUGAAUGUUAAAGUGAUUGUUGUCAAUAUUCUGAUGAUAAUGGCGGCGUAUUCGUCUCAGCCGGAGAUACCACCGGGGAAACGAGUUUUUCUUUCCCUCCCUGAACAUGAGAGAAAAGAUUUUCUCACAUUUUCGCUCGGCGACGGCUAUCAAAAAAAUGAAACCCACAUCGAACGUUUACCAGACAUUCGUUUCCCCGACGCCCUCGGCAUUUCCGAAGAAUUAGUCGACAAGUUUCAGAAAUUGCCGGUACCUGAAAAUUUUACAACGAAUUUGUACGUCUGGGUCAAAUCUCAAUUUAAACUCAGUCAGACAGAUCUUCGUCAGCUGAUUGUCUAUCGACAUGUGUGUCUGGACAAUGGAUCGUGCGUUGAGCUCGACGACAUUGGUGGAUUAUGCUGCCCUUUCUGAGAAACUGUAAGGGAGGAUCGGAUAUAAAUAAAUGCAUGAAAUGCCUCCAAAUAGUUUCCUUUAGUUUUCUUGCAUCCCAAAGUAUUUGUGAAGUAAAAACCAAGUAGAACCUCGGGUUCCCUAAUUUUAUCGUUUUUUAAUUUAUCUGGUUAAAGUAAUAACAAGGCAGAACAAGAUUUUUUGCAAAAAAAACUUUAUCCGCACUUUGCAACGUAAAUAAUAUGUACGUUAAUCAACACAAUGAAACAGUUAGCACAAAGGUUCCUUAAGUCUAUUUGUCUAUUUGUUUCGUGGCUAUUUUAUUGUUUUCUUUUCUAUUUUUAUCAUUCAUCGAUCGAUUCUAAAUAUGUCUAGACAUACCGAUACGUGACAAUAAUCACGCAUCUCUAGUGGACACUUGCUUUCAUAUUUUAAUCGGUUUAUAAAAAUAAAGUGAUUUACAAACAUUCAGUGUGGAAUAUCCCAUAGUUACUCUUCACUGUUACACAAUCUGGUAAGCUUUUAUUAAUUCAUUAUUUAUUUUCCUUAUUAGUCAUUUAUUCAUACGCUCAACGAGUGGAAAAGGUCAAGUCGAAUGUGUAAUCUUCCAUCAAUACAAAACUGUUCAAUUGUGUCAAGAAUAAAUGAAUUUAUGUGGAAAUGUAACAUUUCGAAAAAAAAUAAAAAAAAAGAAAACUGGAAAUCUUCAGAUAUUUUCGUCUCUUUAAGAUCAUUUGAUAAUUGGUCACUGCACAAGUGCCAUGAAGACUUGAUCUGUUUCACUCUAUUGAGAUUGUCACACUUGGAUUCAUUUACUAACCACGUUCAUUCCCAUAAGUUUAAAAAAGUGCCUUCGUGGUACGAGAAAGCCCUUAAUGCUAAAUCUAUGGACACUUCCAAGGGAUGACUUCACAACCAACAAGAGAUAUCGAUCAGUGACGAAAAUUAUCAUUUACCUAUUUCUUCAGUGAAAUAUAUAUUAGGCGAGUUCGGAGAAUUUUGAAAUUUACUAGAGAAGAACAUGGAUUCCAAAUAUUUUUCAUUUUCUAAAUAUCUCUGAAACUAUAAACCUUCAGGAGAUAUUUUUCUAUAAAGAAUAAAGAUUUCCAUAACGAAGUAACUUCAGUUUUGUUCAAUGUUAGAAACUAUAAAAAAUAAGAUAUGCACCUUCGCUUCUCCAAGUGAAAAGGGAAAUCAAAGAAUUAGUCCCACGGAUUUUGGCAUCAUCGCUAAAAAAUUAAAAAGUGACCUUUCCAGUCCCUAAUUUAAUCAAUCAGUCGCACAAUUUAUUUAUCUUUGUGAAAACAGAUUCGUUAAGUCACAAUAACUUCGUGAUCAAUGAAUUUUCGGUGGUUCCAACAUGAUUAAUAACAUUCAUUUAUUUUUUCUUAUGUAAAAUGAUAUGUGACGAGUAGUUUGAGGGAGACACAUGGCGGUAGCACACCCACACGCGCUCCUAAAUUAUCGAGACUUAUAAAUUAUUAGAAAUAUUAACAUUGACAGAAGGACAUAUUGAUUCUGCUUAAAAUGGUGAAAGACACGACAGUAAUUUUCUCGCUAAUUCGUUCUGCGAUGAUCAUGCGAUUGGAAUUUACAGAAAGAAGUCAAGAGAUUUAUUGAUUUUAUUUUCUCGUAUAUUCUAGUACUAGACUGAAAAUUUAAUCACGUAAAAUGAACAUUUGAAAGUAAAAUUUAUUGAGAAGAUAAAGUAAUGAUUAUUCCAAAAGUAUUCUUGAAGAUUGAUGUCACUUAAUUAUCCUCGAAACAAAUCUGGUGACAUUUUUCGCUAAACCCAUUACCUUCGGGAUCUUUCUUUACCACGUGUCUACAGAAUACAACAGUAUAAACGAAGAAAUAA